CAGUUUUUCAGGUUUUUGAGAUCUGAAACAUGUCUGACGAAGAGCGAGAAGAAUAUAGUGAAGAAGAAGAAGAGGAUGAAGUGAAGGACCAGAAAAAGACAGAUGAGGCGCCGAAGGUCUCUGAAGCGGAGUUAGCCAUGGAGGAGAAAAUGCGGAAGAAGAAAGAAGAAGAAGAAGCUAUGUGGCAGGAAUAUUUAGAACAACGACGUGUGCAGAGGCAAAAAGAAGAAGAUGAGCUAAAAAAAUUGAAGGAGAGACAGGUAUAGAUA